AUGUCAAGUGGAUCCCCCAUUACUGCAUUAUCAGUUAGUCAACCAACAUCACCAAAAUUGAAUCCUUCAGAUAUUCCAAGAUUAUUAAAGGAAGAUCCCAAAGAUUCAAAAGAUCUCGAUUUAACAUUGAAUACUUCGAUAAUGCAUCCCAAUAUAAAUUUGAAACAACCAAAAGCUAAAUCAAAGCCUAUUCCUAGAAAUAGUAAACGAUCUAAUUCAACUUCAAACGAUUUAUUAUAUGAAAGGGAUAGAUUUAGAGCUCGCCUACACAACUUCAACAUCAAUUCAGAUGAUCAAAUAGAAGAAGAUGAAACUUGUGAAGUUUGUGAUAUGAUAGGUAGUAAAACCACUAAAUUAAAUGUCAAGCGUGAAGAACACGAUUCGAUAUCCCCAUUAGAUGAAUCAAGCAGAUUUUUCAAAAACUUAAAUACCGUGACGUUAGCUAAUGAUUCAAUCAAGGCUCAAUAUAUCGAUUAUAAACAUUUGAAAGUGAUAUUCAAUUGGUAUUUCAAUGAUCCUUUACCUGCUACAACUUCAAUGUUUCCUUGGUUACAUGGAUUACAUAUUGAUAAUUUUGCUCAAAGGAAAUUUUUCAUUCAACAGCAACAACAACAACAAAAAAUCAAAAAUGAAGCCGAUUUGACUAAAAUAGAUUUAAAACCUCAAGCAAGGUUUUUAAUGACUAUUAAUUCUGAUAUCGCCAAUAAUGAUGAACCGAUCUUAAAGAAUAACACUCUUAUCAAUGAGAUUUUAUGUCCUAUCGACAUUGCUAAAGAUGAAGUGAAAAGUUUAUUAUCCAGUAUAUUGAUUAAGAUUUUUGGUAAUAACGAUUUACAAGAUUUGUUCUUUGAAGAUAUCUAUAAGAUCAAUUAUCUUCCGAUUUUUCUUAAUUUAGAUCCUGACAGAGGUGUCAGUUUGAGAAACUUCCAAAUUCAAGUGACAAAACUGUCCAUAUUAUCGGAUUUUAUAAUAUAUUGUUUUGAUGAAAAGGAUUUAGAUAAUUGUUUCAGAUUAGCUAGAAUUUUGUGGUUAGCUCAAAAAAUUGAAUCUUUAGAAAGCAGUUCUCCAUCCAAAUAUAAUGUUUUCAUUAUGAAGAAUUUCCUGAAAAUUGAAGAACCAGAAAAAUUCGAUGAUAAAAUCUUUUCUGUGAGUUUAAAACUGAAAAUCAACAAAAAUUAUGAUAUAAAUAAGAUCAUUAAAUUGAAUUUGAACCAUUUGAAUAACUGGGAUAAUGAAUAUACCAUCAAGGAAAAAAUCGAAACUUUGAAGAUGUCAUCAUCAACCAAAUUGAUUGGAAAUUUGUUUGUAGGAAAUUCCUGGGAUUAUCAAAAUUUCCUUAAUUUUAAAUAUUCCAAUUUGAAGAAUUACCUCAUCAACAAAAAACCUUUAAAUUUCAACAAUUUAUAUUGUAAUCCAUUGAAUUCGAUUGUUACUGCCAAAUUCAAAUUGAAUGAUUUGAUUGAAACAAUUUUACCUUUACCAAAUUUGAAUUAUAAGUUGUUUAUCAAUUGUUUUAAUGAAGCUUCAUUCCCUGAUGAAAAUAAUCUUCAAAAUUUCUUGAAAUUAUUCAAUAAAGACAAAGACAUUGGAGAUUAUUAUUAUUUAUCAUUCCCAUCAUCAGGAUCAAUUGGGUUUGGAGAUAUCAAAAGAGAAAAUAUUAUCUCCAUUAUCAAUAUCUUGAAAUUGAUUUAUCUUAUCAGUAAUGUCAAAAAUUACGAUUUAUUGAUUUAUUGUUCGGAUGGUUAUACUGAACUGUCAUUAUUGAUCUUAUGUUAUAUCAUUUAUGUCAAUGAUUAUAAUAUUAGGGAUGCCAUAAUUGAUUUUCAUUUGAAAUAUGGAAGACCAUUUUAUGUUUUCAAUACUGACGUUCAAGUAAUCUCCAAAUUGGAACCUAUCUUGAGGAAAUUUUCACCAAAGAAUAGGAAAACUGAUUGGGGUGAACUUGAAAAUAUCUCAAAUUAUGAAAUCAAUGAGAUCUUAUUAUCAGAUCAAAGAUUAUUGACCACUCCUUCAAUUCAAUCAUCAAAUUCCCUAUUAUCUAACAAUUUCAGUGCCAAUUUCAAUUUUAGUAACAAAGGUGAAUAUUUUGAUGGGAACUUGUCAUCAUCAGAUUCUGAAUCAUCAAACUCUUCCAUUGGUGAUACCGUUAUGGAAGAACCAGAUUGGGUUAAAGAAGUUGAAGGUAGUUUACCUUCAAGAAUCUUACCUUAUCUUUAUUUGGGAUCUUUAAAACAUGCCAAUUGUUUAGCUUUAUUAUCUCGGUUGGGAAUAACGAAAAUUAUUUCUGUUGGUGAACCUUUGAGUUGGCUUCAUGAUGAAGUUUUCCAAAAACAAAACGAUAUUAUUAUCGACGAAUUGAAUGAUGGAGCAAUUGAAUUAUAUAAUAUUCAAAAUCGUCAUAAUAAUGUCUCUAAAGUUGAUCAAGUUAUGAAAGUCAAUAAUCUUCAAGAUGAUGGAAUUGAUCAAUUAGAAUCUUCUUUACCUACAAUAUUACAAUAUAUUGGAGAUGAAUAUAAGAAAUCCAAUGGACAAACGAAAAUUUUAGUUCAUUGUAGAGUAGGAGUUUCAAGAUCAGCCACAGUAGUUAUAGCCGAAGUCAUGAGAAGAUUAAAAAUCAAUUUACCUAAGGCUUAUCUUUACGUUAGAGUUAGAAGAUUGAAUAUCAUCAUUCAACCAAACUUAAAAUUUAUGUAUGAAAUCUUCAAAUGGGAAGAACUUCAUAAACAAAAUAAGGAAGACUAUUUAAGAGAGAUCGAUUGGUUUGCCAUGUGUAGAGAGAUCACUCUAUUAAAUACUCCUUAUUUGAAUUAA